AUCCGAAUUCCAAAGCAAAUCUUAUCCAGAAUGAAGUUCUCUACUGUUGCUAUCAUCGCCGCCGUUGCCGUUGUUGCCAGCGCCCACUCUACCCAAAAGAAUGAAUACAAGAUCACAUGCGCCGAGAAGCGUGAGCGUAACCCCGAUGCCCUAACUGGCCCCAUCCACAAGAACAAGGAGUGUUGCCAGUGGUCUGGAGAGUGUGGUGAUCUCAAGAAAUGCACACAAUCUUACUGCGAGAUGGACUCCAAGGCCUCUGAUGUGUACCCCAACCGUUACGACUUCCAAUUCUAAAAUGACUGACGAGUAAGUUUUGACAGACUGGGUCGAAUUAAUUUAAAAUAUCAGUCUUACUGCGAGAAGGACUCCAAAGCCACUGAUCUGUACCACAACCGUGCCGACUUCCAAUUCUAAGCUGAAUGACAAGAAAGUAUUUGACUGACUAGGUCGAAUUAAUUCAAAAAUAAAUUUAGUACACAA